AAAAAAAAAAAAUAACAGGAACUUAUUGGGGCUGGAUUUAAAGCUUGUUAAAGAAAAAGAAACGACUGGAGCACUACUCCAUUUGCGCAGAGACGAAAGGUCUCCUGACUCCUGAGUCCUGAGCACGCAGCAGCGCAUAUUCAAAGCUCAAAAGACCCCUUUCAUCUGUGGGUUUAAUUCUUCUGUUCUACAACAACCCUUCUAACCCAACAGAAUAAAAUUUCCAUCUUGCUAUUCCUUUCCGCUCGAUUCGUUGAUUCUUUGGCGGUGGAGGGGGAGGACAUUGUGUCGGUCGUUCAUGUCAUAGCUCACAGUGACAGUCUCUCGCUUGUUUACUUGAUCGUAAUCUAGAGAAUUACGGUGAUGGUCGGAUUUCAAAUCUGGGUUAUCUGGCUGUGAAUUGUGGAGAAAGGAUCGGGAAAAGAUGCGGAGGCGGGCUGCCGAGUACCGGCGCCCGGUUAGGAGGAGGUAUUCGCAGUGGAUCUGGGUGCUUCUUGGCAUGUUCUUGAUUGCAGGAUUGGUGUUGUUUGUGUUUCACCAUAACCAGCAUGAGGAUCGGGUCGAGCAGCUCAUGACGGAGAGAAAGUCACGGGCUGAUCUGGUUAAUCAUGAGGGUUUGAACUUCACCAAAGAAAUACUAAGCCCUAGCUCAUUCUCAAGGCAAUUAUCCGAGCAAAUGACGCUCGCCAAGGCUUAUGUCAUCAUUGCAAAAGAGCACAACAAUCUUUACCUUGCUUGGGAGUUGAGCAAAAGGAUCCGGAGUUGCCAACUUCUGCUCUCAAAAGCUGCCAUGAGAGGGGAGCCCAUAACAGCAGAAGAAGCAGAACCAGUGAUUAGCAGUCUCUCAUAUCUAAUAUUCAAGGCUCAAGGUUCCCAUUAUGACAUUGCAACCACUAUAAUGACGAUGAAGUCCCAUAUUCAAGCACUCGAAGAACGUGCAAAUGCAGCCACCGUGCAGAGCACAGUGUUUGGUCAGCUGGUGGCUGAAGCUCUCCCCAAAAGCCUCCACUGCCUGAAACUAAAGCUCACAGUCGACUGGCUUUCGAAGCUGCCCCUCCAAGCUCUUGCAGAGGAGAAUAUGAACUCACCUAGGGUUGUAGACAACAACCUCUACCACUUCUGCAUAUUCUCAGACAAUGUACUGGCCACAUCAGUGGUGGUCAACUCCACAAUCUCCAACGCCGAUCACUCAAAGCAGCUCGUGUUCCACAUAGUGACAAAUGGGGUCAGCUUUGGAGCAAUGCAGGCUUGGUUCCUGACCAAUGACUUCAGAGGGGCCACUGUGGAGGUACAGAACAUAGAAGAGUUCAGUUGGUUGAAUGUCUCUUACGCUCCCGUGGUGAAACAGCUGCUGGAUAAAGACUCACGAGCGUUCUACUUUGGUGGUUAUUAUGAAGAUGUUAGCGUCGAGCCAAAACUAAGAAACUCCAAGUACUUGUUUUUGCUAAAUCAUCUCAGGUUUUACAUACCUGAGAUUUAUCCCCAGCUGGAGAAGAUAGUUUUCUUGGAUGAUGAUGUGGUUGUCCAGAAGGAUCUGACUCAGCUCUUCUCUCUGGAUUUACAUGGAAAUGUUAAUGGAGCAGUGGAAACUUGUCUGGAGUCGUUUCAUCGGUACUAUAAGUAUCUAAACUUCUCAAACCCUAUUAUCAGCUCGAAGUUUGACCCCCAGGCAUGUGGAUGGGCUUUCGGGAUGAAUGUUUUUGAUUUGAUUGCAUGGAGGAAAGCGAACAUCACUGCGCGGUAUCACUUUUGGCAGGAGCAAAAUGCUGACCGUACACUUUGGAAGCUGGGCACACUUCCUCCUGCCCUGCUGGCAUUUUAUGGUCUGACCGAGCCACUUGAUCGAAGGUGGCAUGUGUUAGGAUUAGGUUAUGAUAUGAACAUUGAUGACCGACUGAUUGAGAGUGCUGCAGUGAUUCAUUUCAAUGGGAACAUGAAGCCGUGGUUGAGACUGGGUAUUGGCAGGUAUAAGCCUCUUUGGAAAAGGUACAUAAAUGAGAGCCACCCGUAUUAUGCAGAUUGUGUUACAAGUUGAAGCCGAGGCCUCCACUUACCUGUUUGAAUAUGAAGGGCGAUGAUUGCAUUAUUUGUAGAGUCCAGUAGGAAAUUUUUGGCUUUGUUUAGGAUCUCAAGGUUACCCUUCCCUUUCUUUGCUUACAGAAUAGUCGCUUAAAGAUGAAAAUGGAAACAACUUUUAUACAUUAGAAGGAAAAGAACCCUUGUGAAGAAGUGGUGAAAAUUCAUUGGUUUGGUGCGGGGACUUUCUUUCUUCUACCCCUCACUAUGAAGCAAAAGCUGUAGAAUUGUUUGUUCCUUGGCAAGAUACCUACUGUAAUAAUUUCCAGAAACUCUAUUUUAGCGUGACAACUUGAACAAUACCAGUCUGUUUUGUUUGAUCAUACUGCAUUUAUCUGUCUCUUUGUUAAGCUUGUGUGAUUCGGUGUUGUUGCAGUUGUUGAUCCCUGUUGUCGUAAUUGUGAAUGUGACAGAAGAUUGAUCCC